ACCGAUCGUCGUACGGUGUACUUGUUCUCUCUCUCCCCCUUUUUUCUCUUCAAAAUUUUCUCGCUCUCUUUCUCAAUCACUUACUAACACGGUCGUUCAGUCACUCACCACGUACUCACGUAGAAAAAGAAACAAAUAACGAAAGGACAAAAAAGAAAAAGCAAAAGAAUAAAGGGCAAAGGAAAGGAAGGAAAGGAAAGGAAAGGGACUGUAAGAUUCAAGUGAGAGAACGCAACCCGAACGCGAGAACCUGAGAAUCCUUUAGAUAAUCCGUCAUCGUCCUCUUCACGUCGACGAAACUUUCUCCGAAAGAAAGAAAGAAAGAAAGAAACAGAAAGAAAGAAAAAGAAAGAAAGCUACGCGUGAUACGCGUGCACCGAAACGAAAGGGAACACGCAUCCCGUUCGAGGAUAUUUGGAUUAAAGAACGUUCUAUGAGAGCGAGGGCAUAGGACGAGCAUGUCUUGGCAAAAAGACUAUCUUUCUGUAGGACUGAUCGGUGUCCUUCUAUUACUGACGUACGCUGACAACAGCGUACACAUUUCGUCGAAGUACGGUCAACUCGUUACUUCGAGUACUCUCAAUUGGCUCCCACGUACACAUUAUGAUUCUUCGAAGCAGAUUGUGGUCGGUGGUUUUCAGAUUCCUCGUGAAAACGAAGAGGAUCUAAUGGCGUCUAAUAAUGCGCCUCUGAAUAGACCGAACCCGUUCAAAAGGCCGUUACACGUAUGCCGUGCAUUGCACAAUGGCGUGUGGGUAUCCGGAACUCAAUUGGGAGAUGAAAAACGUUGUACGGUAUCGAUACACGGUAACGUUCGUUCGUACGAGAAAUACGAUCUCCUUGAAAACGUUGACAAUGCAGCAAGAGUUAGCUGGCGACAUUGGGACAUAUAUACUCCGUUACCCGUGGGAGCAGUAGCCACGGAUAAAAUGUACGUUGCAAGGUACGAGGUAUCCAUUGAUGAGGCAAAUCCAAGCUUGCCCUAUACUUACACCCAUUACAUAGGAACCAUGAAUAUGAACGACAAUUUCGGCACGAUCUUCUACGUUAAAGACAACGGUAUUGAAAAUACAGCGAAAUUUUGCGAAGUCCUUGUCGAGGCCGAACCGAUAUAUUAUGAACUUAGCGGCGUCAGAUUGAAUUGGUCGAAAAAACGAGUGAUAAAACGUACACCACGUUUAAUCUGGGCAGGUACGUUGAAAAAUGAUGCUGAGAAAGGUUCGAAACUGGCAGAAGCUGUUGCGUACUCUUACAACUACUCGAUGUACUGGGGUCAAGGUCAUGCUAUUUUGAAGGGUUUAAAUACUUCGAUCUUGUUAUACAACGGAACGAAUUUACCUCAUAUCAUUUGGGGUAUCGAGGAAAGGGAGAAUCGUACCGAAGUGCAAAAGAUAGAAAUUUACCUGGAACCUGGUACUGGCGUAAAUGUUACUCUAAAAGCUAACUAUACCGACAUGGAAGUUCCAUACACCGGAGAAUUGGUUUCUCAUUACGAGGACAAGGUCACUACAUCAAGAAUGAUCAAUGGCAUUCGCAGGGAGGAGACCUUGCUCGACAUUAAGCCAGAAUUCGGACCUAUCUAUUUCCUGAAAGAUUAUAGUCUAGUUCCUACCACUACACCACCGCCUGUCGUUACAGAACCUACUACAACAACUGUUAAGUUCAAUUACGACGAGACCAAAGAAACUAGACAGCCUAAGAUGGAAGACCCAGGAUUGGAUGAGAACAUGAUCGUUGUACCUAAGACAUCGGACACAUCGAAUAUGCAAGGCGACGAUGGAGGUCCGUUGUCGCUUCAAAAUAAAAUCGAAACAGGAUACUCCGGUGUGUCCUCGCUAGAAAUGUCCUGUUCAUUGAUAUUAUCUUUAAUGACGAUCGUUAUCAGUAGGAUUGCGUGAACGUUCACGGAAUGAAUCUCUAAAUUAAAAAAAAAAAUAAUAAUAAUAAAAUAAAAUGAAAAAGUAAAAACAAUAGUAAUAUAUUAUGUGUAGAACAGAACAGAGAGAAGAAAAAGAAAAGAAAAAAAAAAGAAAAUAAGUGCGUAAAAAAGAAAACGAUGAAAAAAAAGAAAAAGAAAAUAACACGAGAAAAAAAUGAUUAUUGCUGUAAUUUCAUAUAUAGCGAUUAUAAUAAUAGCACGAAAAAAAUAAAUCCCUUUCUCGCGCCUCUACUCCACGUGGAUGCGAGGACAAGAAACUGGAUGAGAUGUGCUUGCCUUUACGAAAACUUGGUCUGUAUAUCAAGUUGAUAUAAUUACACAUACAUAUACACAUAUAUAUAUGUAUGUAUAUAUAUAUAUAUAUAUAUAUAUAUAUAUAUAUAUACACGCGCACGCGCGAAAACUAGUGAAGAAAUAUAGUUUGAUGAGCUAGUUUCACACAAUAAAGAAAAGUCUUAAGUACAAGCAAUCGCAUACGUAUGUUAACAUUAAACUCGUUAACAUCGACUAUAAUAUCGUACCAAAUGCAAAUAUCGUACUUUGUCCUUUUUAAUUCAGCUGUGAAACGAAUCUUCUAUCUAACUAUUUCAUGCCUUUUGCGAACAGUAAUGUUAGAUCAUUAUAGAAGACUUAAAAGCUUUGAGAUAAUAUCUCCAUUGAGAGGGAUGUUCAAAGAAAUCUUAGCUGUUGCUGAUGCAAACGCUAUCUUGGACAACUCGCUUUAUGCAGAAAGAAUAAAUUGAAUUUGGAGAAUGGAUGUGCGCAAAUUAAUGAUGAAGCCAUUAUAUAUUUUUGAGAUUGUGGUACAAUUUUAGAAGAAUGUAAGAUUUAUAAGAUGAUAGUGGUAAGAACACAUAGAGUAGAGGUGAAGGGCUACGGAUAAUUUUUAUCAAUUCAAGUUGAUUUGAAGAUUUCAGUCCAAAUUAAAUUCUGUAUAUUAAGAUAUUUACUUCUUAAAAAUUCUUCAAACUUAUUUCAACCUGACAAAUUGUCAUUUUUAUUAUUACAAAUCGAGGUUCAUCAUUGUUUAACAAAAGUAAUGGAAUGUUAACUUCGCUACGAAAGAAAUACUGCUAAGCAUAAACCGCUAAAACCAUUUUUAAGCGAUAAUCCCUGCGGAUUCCUAAAAUACUAUAUAUAUAUAUAGUAUAUAUAUAAAAAAAUCUCUAUAAAAAGAAUAUCUGCAGAAAAAGAAAAAAGAAAAGAAGAAAAAAAAAUAAUAACAAAAGCAUAUAAAACUUUCAUUGAUAUGAGCAUAAUUGUAAUUGAUAAGGCUGAAAUGUUCCUUUAAAAAAUGUGAAGAAUUCAUAGAAUUGUUUAAAUCAGUGUUUUAAUUUUGUGAUUUUCAAUAUUAGAAAAAAGAUAUAGAGGAAAAAGAGACGACAUUAUUUACGUGAAUUCUACAUUACUCACAAAAUGUUUAUUGAUAUUAAUAUAUAAAUAAUAAACAUUUAUAUACAGUCUCAAUAGUUGCAACAAACUAUUGUAGUCAGCUUAUUUAUCUGUUUACAGUUUUUCUAUCAAGAAUAGCUUUAAAGUACAAUAUUAUUAUAUAAUUUACUAUAAGUUAAAUAACACUGAAGCGAAGUGAAUUCUAUCUGGAUUCAUGCGAUAUUUUCCGUACAGAUGUACAGAAAUAUAAUGUGCAUUCCAUGAGUUAAUAAUAUUAAUAAUAACAUUAAUAAUAAUAAUAAUAAUAUAAAAAUAAUAAUAAUCAAUAUAGGAAGCAAUAAUUUGCUGCAAAGUGAAUGUGUAGUAUUGUGAGCUUUACAAAAUUCUGUGUUUGAGAUAAAGAAAGAAGUAUAAAAUAUAUAAAGAAAAAAAAAAGAACAUAUAAACAAUGCAAACCAAUAUUCGUAUGGCCAAUAACUAAUUUCAUUUCUAAAUUGAAAAAUUUAAAGGGGCAAGUUAUGAUAUAUCAAUCAUAAAUUAAUUGAAAAACAUGCUUUGAAGAACAUACUUUCAAAAAGUAAUAAAAACUAUGCAUGAAUGACAUAUAUAUUUGACAUAAAAAAAAUUUAUUUAUUCAAGAGCUACUCCUCUGGAUCUGUAUGUUAAUACUAGAAUAUGAAUAAAUAUGAUUCCAACGCGAGGCAGAGGUUUUAAUAAUGCCAAAAAUUAAUCUGUAAGUUUAUGACAACUUCUAUGUUUAGCAAAUACUUUAUUUGUGAAUAAGCUGCUGCAUUGUACAUCAUCAUGUAAAUAUAAAUGCAAUGCAAUAUAUGUAUAAAUAAAUAUCUGAAUAUA